UCCAUGUUUCUUAAACGUGAUACCUGAUCGCGAUAGCACUCAUGGCGACUUCAGACGAUGUCCACAUGGGCGAUGCUGCGACUUCUAAACCUAUCAACGCGAACGACUAUACCGAUUUGCUCCAAACGCCGCACACUGACGCGUUCGCGUUCUCAGAAACCGAGCAAUUCGCGCUGCAGCUCUACGACCAACUGCGGGAGCUUGAGCUAGAAAAGAGCCUCCUCGAGGCGCACGUGAAAGAUGUGUCUGACGUUUCAGCACUAUCAGAUGAUGUCUUACACGAGCACCUGAUGGCCGCAGAGCGCGAGGCCAUGGAAGCCAAGGCAAAGUUCGAAAUUCGUAACAAAGUAUCUCAAAACGUACUAAUAAUGGAUCCCGUCCUCAAGGCUGUUCAUGGUGGCCAGCACCACACCGUCGAAAAACGCUUGUUGCCUCUAAUCUCUGAAAACGAUGCCGUGUCCAUGGUCCAUGGUUUGUUGACCACGAAAUUGGCAAACACACAACGUAUCUUGAGCGCUGCUGAGCGAGGCAACAUUGCCACCAACAAAGAGAACCGCAAUCAAUCCAGAACUGUCUUGGAGUUAGCUGAAGAGGCGAAGGCCCAGUCGAUCGAAGACAUUGGCAACCUUUCGCUCCGCGAACAAGUUGGAAAAGCCGAGGCAAACGUCAAAGAAUCCCGAAAACGCACAGCUAUCAUCAAAGGAAUUCUGUCUGCGAUGAUCGUUGGAAGCGGCAUCAAUUGGGCAGCCGACGAAGAGCUACGUGAGCUCGUCAUGGAUGACGAAGAAGCCGGAUGAGACCCGUGUACCAACAAGAUCUUCGAGCAUACCGCUUGCCCCUGAUUCUAAGAUUGAAAGCUGCAAAUGAGGAUGGUAGCAAUAGCUCAUGGACACAACCAUCUGCCGGCACGCGCGGUAUGUGGUGGUCUUCGCUCGAGAUGGGACAUGGAGCUUCAAGUUAUCGAUGGAACGCGACCUUCAAGCAACGGUGCGCUCAAAGCCAGCGGCAUUUUCACCAUCAAGCUAAGGAAAGCUGGCCACAAAUACCCCCGAGCCCAGCCUGCAGCGGCAUGUUAAUGGCCACAGUAUCGGAGGGUGCAAGAAGACUUCAAAGCAUAGGGUAGGGACAGAGGUAGCCUCCCGUAGAUGCCAGCGAUGAAGUUCAGCCGUGUUGUCGC